UCGCGCGAGUCGUUCUCAACGGCUGCGGGUUAGUGGUGUUGCAAAAUCGAUGCAUUAGUGAAAAUAACAAACCAAAAAAAAAAAACACUAAAUGUACAUACAUAGAUAAGAGUAUACAAAUUUUUGUAGUAAAGGCAAACUAGAUUAAGAUGACAAGCUAGUAAGCAAACCAUAUAAAAAUUUUUUGGAAGAAAUAGAUAGCAAAAUCAGUGUAAAGUAAAAAGAGCUCAUUUACUUACUAGAGUGGAAAUACUCGGCGGGUCAUUUGUGACUAUUUGAUGGUGAAACGAGAAUAGUGGCUGCGUCAUUCAACGCGUUCGGCUCCAAUAAAGCACCGCUCACGCUGAAGUGGGAGAGUAGUGUUUUCUGUGUUUGUUGGGAUUUGUGUAUAUAUUUAUGCAUGUGUUCAAGAAAGUUCUUAAAGUAAAUAGAAACAAAUAAAUACAGUGGGUAAUAGUGAUUGUCAAAAUCAGCUGUGCAGUCCUGAUAACAAGUGACACGGUAAACCGGGCGAAAGGGAAGUGUGAAACGAAGUGGUACAGAUAAAACAGCUGAUCUAAUCCAUAUAUGAAGAGAUUUGCAGAAUACCGCCAUGCAGGUUUUGUUGGAGCUGAACUUUAGGCAACGUAACUCUACCCGUCUUGCCAUAAUCCUCUCUGGAAUGCUUGCAUUCAUCUUAUUCAAAGAUAGUACGAGAGGAUGCCUCUUUCUAGGAGCUGCUUUGGCUUUGAUGCUUAGGAAUCCAACGAUUGUCUAUGCCUACGGGAACACUAUUAAACGCGAUAUUGUAGCCGGCUACCGCUUUGUCAGAUUGACCAUUUUCAUAAUGCUAAUGGAACGCAAAAAAUGGACGAUAGCUCGCAUUUUUCAAGAACGUGCGAAAAAGCACCCGCAAAAGCCCUGCUUGGUAAUAGAUAAUCGAUCGUUAAGCUUUCAGCAUGUAGAGGAAUACACAAACAAAGUUGGCUCAUACUUCAAAGCACGUGGAUUAAAACGGGGUGAUUGCGUAGCACUGAUCAUGGAAACUAGACCAGAGUAUGUGUGUCUGUGGCUCGGCCUCUCGAAGAUUGGCGUAGUCACAGCGUUGAUAAACUCUCAUUUACGGCGUGACUCACUGCUACAUUCCAUCAAAGUGGCAAAGGCCCGCGUCAUUAUAUUAGGUACCGAACUUACCGAAGCCUUGGAAGAGAUUACUGAUGAUAUUGAAAUCAAAGCCAUGCCAGUGUAUCAAUUCAGCGAUGAAAAUCAAAGAGACAAUGAUAACCUUCACCUUAUUAACGGUGCAAUUGACCUUUACAAUGCCUUACAAUUGCAACCUAUUGAAGACUUGCGUUCGUGCAUUGCCGCUUGCAGCCCUAAAGACAAGCUUCUAUAUGUGUAUACAUCAGGUACAACGGGUUUACCAAAGGCCGCGGUAAUAAAUAACUUAAGAUACUUAUUUAUGGCCAGCGGAAUCUACCACUUGCUCGCACUCAGAGCCAGCGAUGUGAUAUAUAAUCCAUUGCCUCUUUAUCAUACUGCAGGUGGUAUUCUUGGAGUGGGAAAUGGUCUGGUAAAUGGCUGUACCAUUUCCAUGCGUAAGAGGUUUUCAGCGUCGAACUUUUGGAAGGAUUGCAUCAAGUAUGAUUGUACAGUGGCUCAGUAUAUUGGCGAGUUGUGCCGUUAUCUGCUGUCCACCCCGCCGAAACCAGAGGACACUGAACACCGUCUUCGCUUAAUGUUCGGAAAUGGUCUGCGGCCGCAAAUUUGGUCGCAAUUCGUAUCCAGAUUUAAUAUUCCGCAUAUCGGCGAAGUCUAUGGGUCGACUGAGGGCAACUCAAAUUUAGCCAAUGUAACGAAUCAAGUGGGUGCUGUAGGGUUUAUACCACUUAUUGCACGUUACUUUUACCCUGUACAAAUUAUUAAAUGUGAUGAAGAAACGGGUGAGCCUAUCCGAAGUUCUACGGGGUAUUGCAUACGCUGUCCACCCGGAGAAACCGGAUUGCUUAUAGGUAAGGUGAAUCCGAAGCGCGCGGUGACUGCUUUCAAUGGGUAUGCUGAUAAGGAGGCAUCUGAGAAGAAAUUGCUGCGAAAUGUGUUUAGUAAGGGUGACAUUUAUUUCAACUCUGGAGAUAUGAUGGUUCAGGACAUUCUGGGAUAUUUCUAUUUCAAAGACCGAACGGGCGAUACAUUCCGUUGGCGUGGUGAAAAUGUUGCAACACAGGAAGUGGAAGCGAUCAUAACAAAUGUUGUUGGUUUAAAAGAUUGCGUCGUAUACGGUGUAGAUGUUCCUUACGUUGAGGGAAAAGCUGGAAUGGCGGCUAUAGUUGAUCCCGAUCGCAAAGUAGACAUGCAACAUCUAUCGGCAGGAGUUCGGGGCAGUUUGCCAGCAUUUGCACGACCUCUAUUUAUAAGGCUUAUGAACGAUAUUCCUCGUACCGCUACUUUUAAGCUGAAAAAGAGGGAGCUUGUGCGCGAAGCCUUCGAUAUCCGUCGGAUAAAAGAUCCCGUAUUUUACUUAAACAAAGAUGGCAUGUAUCGCCUGCUUACACAAGAGCAAUUCGAAGAUUUGUUAGAGGGUAGAGCUGGACUGUAAAUGAAAAUGAUUUCGAAGCUUUAAGAGAUAAUAGGAAGCUUUGGAUUUUAGUUUAAGAUUGAAAAUUACAAUGUUGUUAAGUCAACAAAAAAUUGUAUUUCCACAAUACAAUAUUUUACUGGAAAAUCAAAAAAAGGCAACACGCAAACCCGAAAUUUAUUAGAAAUAUCACGAUUGCAAAGUCGAAGUAGUUCAAAAAAAUGUUUAAAACAUGUUUUGAAGGAGUAGAUAGUAUUUCACAUGUAAACCAUAAAACUAAAAGUUUCCGGAUGUGGAAAUAUCAUUUGAUAUCUAUGUACGUUUAAGUAAAACGGGUCGCAAUAAAACAAUGAAGAGCCAUAUUCAAUACAAUAACUUCCAUAUCACACACCUAGAUCUGAAGUACGAUCAACUCGAAAA